AUGGAGGCGGUGGCUACGGGGUCUGCCGGCACGUCCGGUGAAAGAAUGCCCCUGCUCUUCAAGAUCUCCACGGGUAGUCUCUUUCCCAGCCUGGCAAAUUUCUGCUCUCGCGGUGAAGACUUUAUGCUCCUGGGCUUUGGUGAUUCCAUUCUACCCGGUGUCCUAUGCGUAUUUAUGGCCUUCUACGACGCCUGUUGGAAGAUACGAUUCCCGCACCACCUAGUCGGAGCAAUAGUCGCCUUAAAAGGGCCAGAGUUUCACGUCUAUCAAUACUUUGAUGAAUUAAGAUCAUCACGUCCUCAUAAGAAUGAAUUUGCCCUCUCU